AUGUAGAACUAAAUUAGGUCUAAGAGAAGAUGCAAGACGAUGAAGAAUGUCAAUCAUGAUUAAUUGAUCGAUUCAAUUAACACUCCCAGGGAUUAGGACAUCACUUUAAUCAAUUUUGUUGAAAUAAAAAGGUUUUGCGAUUUAUUGUAAAUAUAAAGAUAAAAGGAUAAAGCAUUGAAAUAAUAAUAAAAACGAGAACAUCUUAGGAACCUAUUGGCCAAGAAAUUCAGACUGAUUUAUAAUUAAUUUUGGAAAGACAUGAUGAAGGAUUAAAAAAGAAAUCUUUUCUUCUUAUAUUUCCAGUAAAUUUUGAAUUCAACUAGGGUGACACAUCCAGAAGGUUUUGGGAUAUUAUCCUCUUUAUUACCUAUAUUUAAACGGCACAUAUAUUUGCCUUUGAGAAUAGCAUUUAUGGAUAAAAGUUCUUAGGGAGUGUAUGAAUUAGAUCUAAUUAACGAUAUAAUCUAUUGUAUUGAGUAUCUAUCAUUUUAUAUAGUUACAGACAUACUUUGUAUAUUGAGAUCUUGUUACUAUAAUCGAUAAAAUGUAUUAAUCGAAAAUUAGUGGUUUAUAUUUUUGAACUACCUAAAGGGUUGGUUGAUUCCUGACAUCAUCACACUCAUCCCCUUCGAUUCAAUUUAUGAGUAUUUAGUUCUAAAAAUGAUAGUUUUCACGUUUAAUAUCAUAAAUUCCCUAGAUUUCUCAGAGUUUUUCGUAUCAAUCGUAUAUUUAAAGUAUCAACAUUUCAUUAAAACAAAAAUUUUUAUUUUUAGUAAUUGGGAAAAUGUGUUUAAUAUAUUUAAUUCUUAUUAAUUAAACAUCUUUAGGAUUAUCGUAAAAUUUAUAUAUGGAUUACAUCUAUUUUCUUGUCUUUGGUAUUUGGCAUCGAAUAUCAAUGAUGAACAAUACUAAGAGGAUCAAGACUACUAAAGUAUAAUGAAUUAAAAUUCAGAAUACAUAAGGUCUUUAUUUUGGGCCUUACAGACAUUUUCAACUAUAGGUUAUGGAAACGAUGCUGCCAAAAAUUAUUCAUAGUAUAUAGUGGCGAUAUUGUGGAUGUUCUUGGGUGCUUCAUUUUACUGUGUGAUAUUGUUAAAUUUGUCAGAAUGGUUAAAGAAACUAAAUUCAGAAAGUGUGUAUGUGGAAAUGCAAAAUACUUUGAAGUUAUUUUUUAAAAAGAUUGAAGUCAUUAAAGAAGUGCAAACUAAGGUUUAAUUGUAUUUAGCAUUAAAUAUUAAAUAAAAUUAAGCUUGGUCCUUAAGCUUAUAAGAGUGGUUCCAAAAUUUACCGAUAACUAGGUAAAAAGAAAUUACUCUUUAUGUUUCAUAUAUUGAAAUGAUGCAGAUUCAUUUUUUUCGAUUAAAUCUCAAUUUUUCUGUAUCCAUCUUGCCAAAGAUGAUGCUAAUGAAAACUUAACAAAAUUGUAAAAUUUGGAUCAAAGAUGAAGUAGUAAAUGAAAUUUAUUUUCUAAUUAGAGGUAAAUUAUAAUAUAGAACUCAAUUUGGAAAAAUACUCCUCUAAAUAGAACAAGGGUCAGUUUUUGGUGAGCAAGAGUAUUUUAAAAAACUCAAGUUCUCAAAAUAACACACUAGAAAAAACUAUGCAGUUGCCAUUGAAUUGUGUGAAUACAUUAUUUUGAAUGCAGAUUAUUUUUUCUAAUAAAUGAGCUCAUUCCCAGCACUUCGUUAGUAUUUAGGAAUUGUUGCUCACAAUAGAGAACAAAGAAUGAAAGCUCAGAUUAUUUAUAACAGGUUUGAAAGGGAAAGGGAAAUAAUUAAUACUUUGAAGCUUGAGAAAAUUAAAGAAACCUGCAAUAUCGAUGUCACCAGAUAUAAAGGAAUGAUUAAACCUCUAAAAUCAAUCAUCUAUGAUACACAGCAUUCGCGAACUUAGUAAGUGCUUGAAUAAUUAAUUCAUAACAGAAGGAAUAAAAUAGAUAAAUUAAUGUAGCAAUUCAAAAAAGUUGUUUAGAUGAUAAUAUUCGCUAAUAAAUUAAUUGAGAAGCAGGCAUUAAAUGUUAGUAAAGUACAUCCACUAAUGAUUUUUCAUUAAUAACAAACACAAACAACUUUGAAAACCCUAUCUAAUGAAUCUAGGAUAUUUGUAUCAUAAAAAUAAUAAAUGAUUAAUCAAGAUCAAAAAGUUCAAUAAAACAUAGUAAUUAAAAUGAAAUAAUUUACUAAUGUAAGUUUCAGAAAACGUAGAUAAUAAAUUAGUAAUAAAAUUUGGAUUCACAAUUAAAGUAAAAAGUAUGUCUUACAAUAAAUGUUCAGAGUCAAAUGUCCAAAAUAAUAAAUUGAAAAAACUUUUAGUUUUUAAGGCAAUACCUUAGAAUCUGACGAUUACUCUCAUUAUGAGAGAUAAUUGAGAAUUUUCAGAAAUAAUUUUUAGGAUCUUAAGAACAUGAAAAAAUAUAUCAAAUAAUAUAAAGAGUUAUUGAAGAAAUAAAUAGGAGACUUAGAAAAUGAACUACUUAAUGUAUCUACUUAAAUUGAAAAACUAGAAUUAAAAGAAUGA